AUGGAGUCGGGGCGAUUUGGAAGCUUCGCUGUUAGCUAGUUAGCUUGUUAGCUUAGUAAUUGUACAUCACAAUGCGCCAAAUACGACCAAACCAGAUGCUCGUAUGUGGCAGUAUGUGAUCACGAUGAAGUACAACUACUAGAUAGCAUAGACCACCCGAAGAAUACUCAAGAUAAUAACUGUAAAUAAAAUAGUCAAUGGUCAUCAUCACAACAAACCCAUUUUGACAGAGGAGGAGAUCGAUAUGGCACUACGAGAGUUAAAAGUGUGUCUUCUGGGGGAUACUGGUGUUGGAAAGUCGAGUAUUGUCUGGAGAUUUGUGGAGGACAGCUUUGACCCAAACAUUAACCCAACAAUUGGGGCAUCCUUCAUGACCAAGACAGUGCAAUACCAAAAUGAACUACACAAGUUCCUGAUCUGGGACACAGCAGGACAAGAGAGGUUUCGCGCUCUGGCACCAAUGUACUACAGAGGUUCUGCAGCAGCUAUCAUUGUUUAUGACAUCACAAAAGAGGAGUCCUUCCAAACACUGAAGAACUGGGUGAAGGAGCUGCGUCAACAUGGUCCUCCUAACAUAGUGGUUGCCAUCGCUGGUAACAAGUGUGACCUUUCAGAUGCCAGGGAGGUGCCAGAAAAGGAUGCCAAGGACUAUGCUGACUCCAUUCAUGCCAUCUUUGUAGAAACCAGCGCCAAGAAUGCCAUUAACAUCAAUGAGGUGUUUAUAGAGAUAAGUAAGCGCAUCCCCCUUGCUGAGGCAUCAGGAGGAACUUCAGGAAAAGGUUUUAAACUUGGACGUCAGGCUUCAGAGUCUCGCAGGACGUGUUGCUGAUGAUGCCGGUGAUUGUCCAUGCAUUACGUAUGACCUGACCUUUGACCUGACCUUUGCUUACUCUCUGUGUCCCCCAACCUGCUUCAGCUAAUGGCUCAACAUGCAGCCAGUCAUCAGAGUGCAAUAGAGUCACUCCGUUGACAGAAGUGAAUGCUUUUUCUAAACAGGACUUAGCGACAGCAAAUGAUCAAGAAUCACCUGAAAGUUGCUGGCAGAAAAAAAAAAUCCGCUUGUUAAAAAAAAAAAAGCACAGACAAAAAUUGUUGCAUAAAUACAUUCAUGUAACAAUGAAGGUGCAACAGUCCCUGCGUGGUGUAUUGUCAUCUCAUGUUGAUCCGAGGAAUUGCAUUUGGAUCUGUACAUUUAUCUUUACAUUCAACAGAAAUGAAUUUAUAUAAUACUUAAAUUAUUGCCGUUGAGUUCUUUUAGGGAAGCUUCUCCCCCAAAUGUUCUCAACUUUGAAGGAUUCAUCUUUGCAGUUCAUGUGUAAAUUCAAUACUUUGUCAGUUUCCAAGGAAAGAAAUGAUCAUUGUUUGUAACAGAACUCGCAAUGUUUGCAUGGAGGAUAACUUGCCGAAGCAUCAGAAAUGCUUGAUUUAAAUUUUAUGGCAUUGAUUAUUGUUUUCAUCCAGGCAGAAUAUGAAUUUCUUUCUUUGACUGUAAAUCACAAUCACACUGGCAGAUAUGCAGAAAUGAAAGAUGUGUGAAAGCCUGUUUCCUUUGAAUUAAAAGGAAUAGUGCCAACAUUUUGGGAAGUACACUUAUUUGGGGUUUUGCCAAGCAUGAGGUGAGGAUAUUGGUACCUGGUUCUUAUGUCUGUACUACAAAUACAAGUCUGUAGACAGCACCUGGGUAGUGCAGCACAAUAAGCCUGUGCUAGGUUAACCAUUUCUUCCUCCUCCCAGUCUUUAUAAAAAAUAAUCAGCUACUGAUUGUACUUAAUGGCCAAAUAUCAUUCUCCAACACACAGUGUAGAAUUAAUUACCAAAACUUGGCCUACAGGAUCUCUUGUCUUUCAAUGAUAAGAAUGAUUUGAUUGUAAAAAUGUAUCUCUGUGAUAAGAAGGAAACAUAGCAGUCCACAUUUUCCAAUGACGGAGCUUUAAUCGGGGCAGAAUAUGCUGACUCAGUUGGUUGUCUUGAGUUGAUUACAUGAGAACAUUUCCAGCUGAUUCCAUGUGUUUCCGCUUUUAAUUGCUGAAGAUCCAUGAACAGAUUUGUGUGUGUCCUGUAUGAUGAACUACAUAGUGCACAGAGCAUCCUGCCAGUUGUUUCCAACUUCAGUCAAGUCUCAUUUUAACACCAAUGUCCUUUGCUUUUUCUUUACAGCAGUUUCAUAGGUGAGCCAUAUACUAUUUUGCCAAAUUUUGACAAAAAGGUUAACUAAAUAAAACUUAUUGAAACAGCUUUCACAGAGUACUAUCAUAACUUUAAAUUCAAAACAACAAAUCUAUCUGUGAUAACACAGCAUAAGGAUCACACAAGUCAGCUAUCACAUUCCCCUCCGAUAUUGGCUUAUUUGAACUUUAGUAGCAGUGGACAAAUGCACCUAUGACUGACUUAAUAAUUUGUUUGUAAUUUCAUACUUGGAUCUGGAUCUCAUGAGCCCUGUUAGCCUUAAAGCCUCUUAAAAGUUGCCAAAAAAAACAGAUGUGGUUUUGAAUUUAUGAAUAGGAACCAUGUGCUUUAAAAUCGGCAUGAAGAAACUUCAUUUGUAAGCAUCUUAAAUGCAGCUGCUAUUGAUUGAGUUAUGUGCUAUGCAGUGCUGCCUUUUUCAGGAGUUUUCCUAUGGAGUGCAAUAGUUGUAAUCAUGAUAAAUUGUGACUUGAUUUGAGAAAUCUGUUACAGACUGAUACACCACAAACCAUAAACUUGUUAAAACUGUGUCCAACAGGAUAAUGACAGGUUGACAUUGAAGUAAUGUUUUUUUCUGCUCACUGACAGGUGACAAUCUUGCUUGUACAUAGUAUGAGCGAAUACCUUGCAAACCAGAGUUUUAAAACAUUAACUUUGAAUUGACUCUGCCUUUGAUCAUUCACGCAGCAUUACAUCAGAGCCAACCCGAGCUGAAACGUACCAUUUAAAAGGGAAUCAUUUUCUAAGCUGCACUUAAGACUGUUUGUAUGAAUUGGCUCUUAUAUCUAUCUAACACUCUGUCUGCGGUCUGUUAAAAUCUCUGUGAAAUCUUUUUAUAAAAACAUUCUUGCAAGGGUGUCAGACUUUAUUAAUAUCCUAUGACAUUAUUUUAGGUUUUAAACCAUUAGUUCAAAUGUUAUUGCUAUGAAGAUGGUGGUGCCAAAUGAUGUCGAAGACAUUUUAUUACAUCAUACAUAAUUAACCUUUUUAUUGUUGUUGUAAUGAUUUGAAGUACUAAUCAUAUAAAAUGCUUAUAAAAAAUAUUUGAAGUUUGAUAAUUAUGACUUGUUUUCCCUUAUUUGGAAACAGGAGGCAUGAAUAGUGGUGCAUUGAAAAAUACAAUUAGUCUUGGGCUGGCCCUGGGAAUGUGAGCAAUCUGUGUAUAUUUUUCAGUGUAGAUAAAUAACAUCAAAUUGCCCAGAAAUCAAAAACUAUAUUCUGUUUUAAGUCAGUUCUGUGACCACAAUAAACGUGUUCACCAUUUGCAGUAAUACCAUCAGAAAUGUAGUAGCCACCAUUAGCAAUUCAUAAUGAUUGUAACAUAAUACCUGUAAACACGUGUUUGAGGUGUAUUUCCAAAUGUGUAAAAAGGGAAUUGUCAGUUGUUUAUUAAUAAAAGAUUGACUAAAA